UCUUCAGCACCUAUGUAUCUUCAAUUCCCAUGCCUCCAAAAUUACACCUCAAGAAUGUUUAGCAAGGGAUAGGAGCUAGCAAGAUUCUAAGAACCUCGAUCCGCAAUGAAGCGUGGCAGAGAUGACGCCAUCGCCGCCAUGGGAGAUGACAACAACGACAGGUACCCUCUCGGAGAAGAAGACGAAGAUGGCGUUGAAGAAGAAGACCGCCACCAGCAGCGAGCGGCAUGCGACGUUCUGCUCUCUCUGUCGUGCGGCUCAUCAUCCGGCAGCAGCAGCACCAGCGGCGAGGAAGAAGCUGCAGGCACGGCGGCGGUGCCGCCACUUAAUAAGCGCCUUCGUCGGCGCCGCCGAGGGCGCGACGACGCUUUCGAGUGCCGGACGUGCGGACGGAAGUUCAUGACGUUCCAGGCGCUCGGCGGCCACCGGAGCAGCCACCUCAGGCGGCCGCCGGCGACGAAGCUCCGGCCAAAGGAGGUGGCCGUCCACGCGUGCGGCACCUGUGGGCUGGGCUUCUCGACGGGCCAGGCCCUUGGCGGCCACAUGAGGAGGCACCGCGGGCCUACUACUACGGAGGAUGAUUUUGGCUAUGUGGGCCUUCCACAGAUCAUCAUGCAACAAGACAGGCCCAGUUCGGCCUCCUUGCCGCUUCUCAACCUGUUCGUGUAGAUCACCAUACAAACUGCUUAAAAGGCUAAAAGCUUAAAUGCCUACAUGAUGCAACCAGUUCAGUUCCUUACUUGUAAUUAUUAAUUAACAUGUUGUGUAAGGUUGGUCUACAAAAGGGGAUAUAUGUAAAGUGGCGUAUAUUUGUAUAUAUGCUUAAUAUACAUACAUUAGAGAUAA